AUGCGUCGAACUCGAAGCCAAUCCGAGAGCUCGAGCAGCGAAUGGGAAGUGGAAAAUGGCGUCGAGAGAGAAGUGCCGAUAGCCGAUGACGUGGAUUUGCUCUUUGGGAAUUACUUGGAUCAAUUGAAAGUGAUCGACCAUUUCCCUAAUGAAAGUGAGGUAACGAGAGAAGCCUACCGCUAUCAAGCGCAAGAGAAUCUCUUCUCAGCCGUCGGAAAACUCGAUAACGUGAACACAGCGCUGAAAAAAGUGAACUAUUUGCUGCAGAGAAAGAGAUCCACCGAUUUGAAUCCACAAAUUCUUCAAGAAGUGCACCGAUUGAAGCUCGAGCAACAGCUACAGUUGGAGGGAUCAAGUGUGGAAUUGAUCGAAGAAAGGAUUCAAGUACUCGAUGACACGGCUACGGAGACAUCAACCGAAGGAAACGAAGAUCCACAGCUAAAUCCGGGAGAUGACAAGGAGCCAAAUAUUGAGCCAGAAACGAAUCUCGUUCAAUUAUUCGAUAUCACUGAAGACGGGGAAACCAUCUUCAAGAAAGAAGUCCUCGACGAUCUCUGUGAUCAGAUCGGUGAUAGACCGGUUGCCAUCAUUUCAACAGCCGGAAAAUUUCGACAAGGGAAAACCUUUUGGAACAAUGUUUUGUUGAAAGGGCUUCAAGAGGGAAAUGCCGAUUUUAAACCGACUGACUAUAUUGGCGGUCAUGACGGUAUCCGUUUUCAAUCUGGAUACAUUCGGCACACAAAGGGGAUCAUGGUUUGGCCAAAGGUUUUCAUCAGAAAGGAUAAACAAGGAAAUGAGCUGGCCGUCAUCCUCAUGGACACUCAAGGCACAUUUGACACGACGAGUGACAUGAUCGAUUCGGCAAUUAUCUUUUCGAUCUCACUCCUUAUGUCUUCCAUCAAAAUUUUCAAUGUUCGAACGCAAAUCGACGCCCAGGAUCUGGAUUCGCUGAACCUUUUCCUUGCCUUCAGCCAAAGGACCGAUGAAAGGGCGGGACAGCACUUCAUCAUCAUGAUCCGAGACGCACUCGAAUCCGGCUUUCAACCAUCAUACAUUGAGACUCUUCAGGCUCAAACGAGACGAGCUCCUGAAUUGAAAAAGCUACUUGAGGGGAUCUUUUCGGCUUUCGAGAAAGUCGAGUGUUUCAUGGCGAAAACCCCGAGUGAGCAUGUGCUGAAUGCGAGUGGGGAGAUUAGAGCUCAAGAUUGCGGUGAUCGAUUCCUGGGAGAUCUCUGCGAAUGCGCAAAUCACGUGCUUGAGAAUUUGGUCCCAAAGACGUUCAUGGGAAAUCAUCUCACAGGGAACACGUUGAAGCGAUACGUUGAGAACCUCGUCGAUCACAUCAAAGAGAACAAUCACAAGGCGAUCGGCUCAGCUUUCCAGGCUACUUCCGAGCUCUUCUUCGAAAAAGCCAAAGCAGCCGCAGCUGAGUACUUCGCCGCAGCACACGAUCAGCUGAUGCGCGGGUCCGGGCAUCAGCCAAUAAAUCCAAAAGAGUACGAAGAGACACUCAAGAAAUUCGUCGAUGAAGCACUUCAGGAAUACAGCUCAAAACCACUCUUUGGGACUCAAGAAGUUAAAGAGAAAACUUUCUUGGCGUUGAAGGAGUCUUUAGAGGCAAAAUGCCAAGAGAAGCUGCUUAGCAAUCGGAGCCGUUUCCGCGACUUUUUGAUGGCCGAUGCCGUGCAUCAAAGCUCAGAGUUGUACGAGAAAGGGAUGAAGCCAGACUUCGGGGAUUCCCUUCUCGGAAAAGCUACCGUUGAACAAGUGAAAGCUCGACACGAGAAAGCCUUUCCUGAAGCAAUGUCACUUUUUGAGAAUGCUGUUGAGCCUUUCAACGAUGAGGUGGAUUUGAUCAAGCGUAAGAGGAAUCUUCUCACGAAGAUGAUUUUGACUCGUUUCGAGGAUCUCCAGAGUGACAACCUCGUCGUUCAACUCAACGCAUCUUUGGAUUCAAUGAUCAACGCGCUUGCAGACAAUUACGGAAAAUUUUUGAAAGAGGUGGCUAGCUUUUUGCUUUUG